AUGAAGGAAGAUCAUACAAAUAUACAAGAAUCAGAGAUUAAGUACAAUAAUAACAGAAACCAAGGUCCCAUGGAUGACGAAGCUAGUUCUUCCAAAUUAUCAUACUCUCAUGUCAGUGACAUUGGGUCGCAUCAAACAACCACUUCUGAAGAAAAUUUGGAUAACAUUUCGAGAUAUAUAAGAUCUAUAUCUUCAUUAGGAAGCGAAGAAUCUAAAGGCCAUCUUGAAUUGUCAAUUCAUAAAGAGGCUAAAACAAUCAUUAAAAAUUUUGUAAAAGAUGCUAAAGAGCAAGGGAUGCAUAUUAGGGAAGCUGGUGUCAUAAUAAAAGAUUUAUCAAUGGAGGUUGCUGAUAGAUCAACUAAAGAAGGUAAAACGUUUGCCGAUGUUUUACUUUUCCCAUUAACAUUAUUUCGAGAACUUCAAAGACUGAAACAUACUCCAAAGAAGAAGAUAUUAAAAAGCAUUAAUGGAGUUGCUGAACCAGGUAAAAUUGUUUUAGUUUUAGGUAAACCUGGCUCUGGUAGUACCACGUUAUUGAAAAUAAUUGCAGGUGAAGGUAGUCAGUGUCACGGUAAACAAGCUGGGACUGUCUUAUACGAAGGAAUAUCCCAAGAAGAAAUGAUUAAGAAAUAUAAAUCAGAUUUAAUUUAUAAUGGAGAAGAUGAUGUUCAUUUUCCACAUUUAACUGUACAGCAGACAUUAGAUUUUGCUAUUUCUUGUAAAAUACCUGAGAAAAGAGUUAAUAAUAUUUCAAAGAAAGAAUAUUUAAUAAAGACUAGGGAACUGUUAGCUACAAUUUUUGGAUUAGAAAAUACCUAUAAUACAAAAGUUGGUAAUGAGUAUGUUAGGGGAAUAUCUGGAGGAGAGCGAAAAAGAGUCUCUUUAGCUGAAGCAAUGUGUUUAAGAGGCACUGUAUAUUGUUGGGAUAAUGCUACAAGGGGGUUAGAUGCAUCAACCGCUCUUGAAUAUGCACAGGCUGUCAGAAUAAUCACAAAUCUCUUAAACUCCACAGCUUUCAUAAGUCUUUAUCAGCCUAGUGAAAAAAUAUACAAUUCUUUUGAUGAUGUCACAGUAUUAUAUCAAGGGAGACAAGUAUAUUUUGGUCCAACUACUGAUGCUAAAAACUAUUUCGAAAAGAUGGGAUAUGAAUGUCCUCCCAGACAAUCAACUGCCGAAUUUUUAACGUCCGUCACUGAUCUAAAUGGUUACCAUAAAUUUAAAGAUGGUUUUGAGAAAAAUGUGCCAAAAACUGCCAUUGAUUUUGAAAAUUAUUGGGUCAAUUCACCGGAAUAUCAAGAAUUACUCAGAAGAAUACAAAACUACGAAGGUCAUGUAAACCCAGAGAAAGCUGAACAAAUCUACGAUACUUCAAUAAUGGAAGAAAAACCAAAAUACUCACAGUUGAGUUCACAUUAUAUGAUCACUUAUUUUGAACAAGUAAGAAUUUGCACUAUUCGUGGCUUCCAAAGAAUAUACGGUGAUAUGAACUAUACAGUUAUUAACAUAGUAGCUGCAGUUAUCCAAGCUUUCAUUAUAGGUUCACUGUUUUAUAAUACUCCUGUCUCAACCACAGGUGCAUUUUCUAGAGGUGGUAUAUUAUAUUUCGCUUUAUUAUAUUAUUCAUUAAUGGGUUUAGCAAGUGUAACAUUCGAUCAGAAGUUAAUAGUGCAUAAACACAAAAGUUAUUGUUUAUAUCAUCCCUCAGCUGAAGCGCUAGCAUCGACGAUAGCAGCAUUCCCAUUCAGACUAAUUGGUUUAACAUUAUUCUUAAUUAUAUUGUAUUUUUUAUCAAAUCUGAGGAGAACCCCAAGUGCGUUCUUUAUAAUAUACUUAUUUUUGAUUAUUGGUGCUGAAUCUAUCAACUGCUUAUUUCAAAUGAUCGGUGCUGCAUGCAACACCUUAGCUCAAGCAAAUGCAAUUAACGGUAUUUUAAUGCUGUCAUUAUCUAUGUAUUCAACUUAUAUGAUACAACUACCUCAAAUAAAGCCAUGGUUUAUUUGGAUAGCUUAUAUUCUUCCUUUAAGAUAUGCGUUUGAGGCAAUGCUUCUAGCAGAAUUCCAUGGAAGAAAUAUGGAUUGUGGAGGAACUUUAGUCCCAAGCGGGUCAGGAUAUAGUGACGCUAGUAGUCAGCAUCAAGUAUGCGCAUUCAUAGGAUCAGAACCGGGCCAGAAUGCAGUCCUUGGUGAUAAUUAUUUAGAAGUGCAAUAUGAAUAUAAAUAUUCACACUUAUGGAGAAACUUCGGUAUACUCUGGUGUUUCCUGUUAGGAUAUUUAGUUAUAAGAGCCCUCAUAACUGAGUUUAAACCUACAAUGAGCUCUAAUGCAAACAUAUUAAUCCUAAAAAAGGGGAUCGGAAAACAUAGACUUCCAUCAGAUGAAGAGGCACAACCCCUAGAGUAUUCAGAGGAAACUAACAGUAUUGGUAGUAAUUACAAUAUUUCGAAAAAGACUACUACCACCCUUUUUAGAGGUUUGCAGAGUACCGAAAUAUUGCGAUGGUCACAAGUAUCAUACACAAUACCUUUUAAAACGGGUGAUAAGCAACUUCUAAAUAAUAUUUCUGGAUAUUGCGUUCCAGGAAAAUUAACAGCGCUGAUGGGUGAAUCAGGCGCAGGAAAAACGACAUUAUUAAAUGUUUUAUCGAAACGAAAUGAGUUUGGGAUAAUUACUGGAGAUAUUUCAGUCGGUGACACACCAAUUGAUUCGAGUUUCGAAAGAAGAAUAGGAUAUGUACAACAACAAGAUGUACAUAUAGCCGAACUUACAGUGAGAGAAUCUUUACAGUUUUCAGCGAGAUUGCGUCGACCUGAAUCUAUUUCAGAUGACGAAAAGUUGGAAUAUGUUGAAGACGUUCUAGAGAUCUUAGACAUGGAGGAAUAUGCUGAUGCACUUGUUGGAGAAGUCGGAAUGGGACUAAAUGUGGAACAGAGAAAAAAAUUAUCAAUUGGUGUCGAAUUGGCCGCUAAACCUGAUUUAUUAUUAUUUUUAGAUGAACCGACAUCUGGGUUAGAUUCACAAUCAGCUUGGGCAAUAGUCAGAUUAUUAAAACGUCUUUCUCAGUCUGGACAAUCGAUACUCUGCACUAUUCACCAGCCUUCUGCAACGCUUUUUGAGGUAUUUGAUAGAUUACUACUAUUACAAAAAGGUGGAGAAACUGUUUACUUUGGGGAUAUAGGUAAAAAUUCAAAUACUUUAAUUCGUUACUUUGAAAACCAUGGUGCUCGAAAAUGUGAGGUAUCUGAAAACCCUGCUGAAUAUAUCUUGGACGUUAUUGGAGCUGGCGCAACCACUCAUAAUGAUGUCAGUAUGGCUGAUGUGUGGGUUAAUUCUGAGGAAUGUAAAAAUUCUGAAGAAGAUCUAGCAAAUUUGAUAACAGAAGGGAAUGUUAAUAAUGAACAUGGAGGUAACGUCUCAAAAAAAUAUGCGACGUCCUAUUGGUACCAGUUUAAAUAUGUUCAAGCACGGACAUUCACCAUAUUCUGGAGGGAUCUAAAUUAUCUUGUAUCCAAACUAAUGCUAUUUAUGGUUGGUGGACUCUAUAUUGGAUUCACAUUUUUUCACGUAGAUAAUAGUUUCAUUGGAUUACAAAAUUCUCUAUUUGCUGCUUUCAUAGCUAUCAUUCUGUCAGCUCCUUCAAUUAAUCAAAUACAAAGUAGAGCAAUAAUCUCUAGAGAUUUAUUCGAAGUGAGAGAGUCUAAAUCUAAUAUGUUUCACUGGUCUCUCCUGGUGUUAACAGAGUAUAUAGCAGAACUACCCUUUCAUUUAUUUGUUUCAACUAUUUUCUUUGUCAGCUUUUACUUUCCUGUAGGUCUAUUUUUUGAAGCUUCCCGGUCAGCUGUGUUCUUUUUAAAUUAUUGUAUUGUUUUCCAACUUUUCUUUAUUGCCUUGGGACUAUUAGUCUUAUAUUUAUCACCAGAUAUCCAAUCAGCUAAUGUUUUAAUGGGUCUCGUAAUCUCAAUGUUGGUAGCAUUCUGUGGUGUUGUACAACCUGAGUAUUUAAUGCCUGGAUUCUGGACCUUCAUGUUUAAAGCAUCCCCUUACACAUAUUUUGUCCAAAACCUGGUUGGAAUUAUGUUGCACGAAAAGCCGGUAAUUUGUACGUCUAAAGAAUAUUCUUACUUCAACCCACCCCCAGGACAAACAUGUGGAGAAUACAUGCAAGUGUAUUUAAAUGAACAUACUGGAUAUAUCAAUAAUCCCGAGUCAACAACAAAUUGUGCAUAUUGCACAUACUCUGUUGGGGAUCAAUAUUUAGCGAGAAUAGGUGCACAUUAUAGUAACUUAUGGAGAAAUUUUGGAUUUUUCUGGGCAUUUAUUUUAUUUAACAUUGGGGCUAUGUUGGCAGUUUAUUAUCUGUUCCAUGUCAAAAAUCUAGGAUUCCAGCAAAAGGAAAACAUAAGGUAUUUCUUCAAUAGAAUUCGUCAAUUCCUCAGAAUUUCAAAACAAAAGAAAUAG